CGCAUGCAUCUAGAGCAAAACCCCGUGUAGGAGAAUACACAAAGACUAUCCUGUGACUUCACCACCAUAACAUAAGCCGCCUAGAAUGCCCUUCCCCUGUUUUUUCGCUCGCAUUGAUAUUGACUGCAGCUUUGAAUAAAAGGUCCAUCUGAUCGAAGCUCUGAUAUUUAUGCAUGCAUCCAGGCGGGCUGCCAUGGCAUCUGCUCUCUUUGAUCCCUUCCAUCCAUGUUUCCUCCAAAGAACAUCGUCACCAGUGACUGAAUUGCCGUGCGCAAUCGCCGGCGGCCAGCCCAAAGAUUUCAUUUUUAUUGCCCGCCGCCGCCGGCCAUGGCCGCGGCGUCGGAGGACCUCACCGACCCUGAGCCGUUCUCCCCAUCCGUGUUUCUCAACCUGUCCCCGACGACACCCCCGCCUGCUCCGAGCCCCAAGAACGAUGAUCUCGUGCUCCCCUUGAUCUCACGAAUGCUCAUGGCGGAGGACACCGACGACAACUUCUUGUACCAGCGGCAGCACCCCGACGACACCGCGCUACUCCAAGCCCAGCAGACCUUUGCCGAUAUUCUCUCCGACGCCUCCAGCAGUGCAUCCACAAAAUCCUCCGGUUCUGCUUCCGCUGUCCCAUUUACCUUCGCCAUAUCGCCGCCCUCCUCUGACGCCCCCGCCGCGUUCGCCAGCACCACCUGCUGCUGGCCCUACGAUCCAGCCGAGCUUUCCCGGCUGCUUCUUUCCAGGACACACCCUAACAUGACCAUGCCGCCUCCUGCUGACGUCGACGAAGACGACGGGGAACACGACUCUAGCUGCUUCUUGAGUGAUCAGAACAGCAGGGUAAAGGUAAACAUGGAGAUGCUCAACCAGGCGUUCCUCAAGGGCAUGGAAGAGGCCAGCAAGUUCUUGCCCACCACCACCACCAACGAUAACAACCUGAUGCAAGACAGUUGCGAUGGCAGAGGCAGGGGCAGCAAGAAGAAGCGGCACAAUCGGGGGGAUCAGGAUGAUGUUGACGCCUUGGAGGCUGAGGCCGGCAGGAGAAGCAAGCUGAUGGCGCCUGAGGAAUCCGGCGAGGUUGCCGACGGCGUAUUUCUCAAAGGGUAUGAGGUGUCCCUGGAGAAAAUGCACGGCCUGAGCAUCAGCGGCAGCAGUUUGCCUGUUGCUCGUCGUGAGGAGGAGGAGAGAGCCAAGUCGCAGAGGAGCAACAGCAACGAGGCAGUGGACCUACGCACUUUGCUCACCCACUGCGCAGAGGCCGUGUCCGCAGGCAACCACCUCAGCGCGACGGCGCUGCUGCGGCAGAUAAAGCAGCGCUCGUCACCAAGCGGAGACGCCUCGCAAAGGCUGGCACACUGCUUCGCCCAGGGACUCGAGCUGCGGCUGGCUGGCAUGGGCGCGGCGGCGAAGCCAAAGCGCACCUCGGCGAUCGACCACCUCAGGGCCUACCAGCUGCACCUUCAGGUUUGCUCCUUCAGAAUGGUGGCGUUCAAGUUCUCCCACAUGGCCAUCACCAGGGCCGUCGCGGGGAGGAAGAAGGUGCACAUCGUGGACUACGGUGAGCAUCGCGGCUUCCAGUGGCCACUCUUGCUGGACGCCUUGGCUACUCGGGAGGGUGGGCCGCCGGAGGUGAGGAUCACCGGCAUCACCUUCCCCUACCCUGGGUUCCGUCCGGCUGCUCGGAUCAAGGAGACCGAGCGCCGCCUCAGUGACUUCGCCCGCCAGCGUGGCAUCCCCUUCAGGUUCCGCAGCAUCGUGUCGGCCAGGUGGGAGACCAUAUCUGCCGAGGACCUUGUCAUGGAGCCAGACGAGGUGCUCGUCGUCAAUGGUCUCUUCUAUUUCGGGAAGCUCAUGGAUGAGGGCGUCGACGACAUAGACAGCCCAAGCCCAAGGGACAUGGUCCUCGGCAACAUCAGCAAGAUGCGGCCAGACGUGUUCAUCCUCUGCGUCGAGAACAGCUCGCAAAACGCGCCCUUCUUCGUGACACGGUUCCGGGAGACUCUAUUCUACUACUCUGCAAUGUUCGACAUGAUGGAUUCAACCGCCCCGCGGGACUGCGCGGAACGCAUGCUGGUCGAGGAGAUCUUUGGACACUGGGCCAUGGACGCCAUCGCCUACGAGGGCUCCGAUAGGGUGCUGCGGCCUGAGACGUACAAACAAUGGCAGACGCGGAGCAACCGGGCGGGGCUCAGGCAGCUGCCAUUGGAUCCUGAUACGGUCAGGUAUUUGAGCAAGAGGGUCAAGGAGGGCUACCACAAUGAUUUUGUGAUUGAUGUGGAUCAACAGUGGCUGCUGCAGGGGUGGAAGGGACGCAUACUCUGUGCCAUGUCCACAUGGGUUGCAGAUGAUGAUGCUAUAUGAUCAUGAGUUUCGAUGCUUGCCCUGUAAUUUGUCGAUGGUUUCUUUUAAAACAAGUGAGGAUGCUUCGAUUGGCAA